UAAUCACAAAACAUUGUCAAAGGAGAAUAUACAAUAAUGCUAAAAUCAAAAUGUAACAAUAUAAAACAUAAAAAAUAUAGCUAAGUACGAAGUAUAUUUAAAAAAUGGGGCGUUCCGGGAAUCGAACUCGGGACCUCUCGCACCCGAAGCGAGAAUCAUACCACUAGACCAAACGCCCUUAUUGAUAAUCUUACACAACCUUUCUAGUAAAUUUAAACAAAAAAGGAUAAAUUAGUUAAUUACAUAACCUCCAAUUUUCUGCCAUUUUCGGAUAAAUAAAAAAAAUAAAAAAUGGCAACCACCGCAACACUAACACAAUUCCUCCUCCACCGCCAUAUCUUCCGCCCACUCCGCCUCUCAACCACCGUCCCUUUCUCUCUCCUCCACACUCCUAAACUCUCUUUCUCUCUCUUAAAAACUCAAACUCAACCACUUUCUUCUUCAUUUCCCCUGUUUUGUUCCCUUGAAGAAAACAUAAACAUUAGUAAUUCCGACGAUUUUAAGGAAAAUGAAGCAACCCCAGAACCUAAAAUGGCUAAAAUUAAGGUUGGAGAUUUGCCCAAUUUGACUGUUAAAGAAAAGAAGGAUCUUUGUUCUUAUGCUAAUAGUCUUGGUGAUAAGCUUAAGUCUCAACAAGUGGGUAAAUCUGGUGUUACUGAUAAUGUCGUUUUUGCUUUGUCUGAAACUCUUGAGGCCAAUGAACUUCUCAAGCUUAAGAUACAUAGAACCUGCCCAGUCGAGCUGGAUGAUGUUGUUAAGCAACUAGAACUUGCUACUGGAUCUGUUGUUGUAGGCCAGAUUGGUCGAACAGUCAUAUUGUACCGGCCAAGCCUUACAAAGUUAGAGGUCGAGAAGAAGAAAGAGCGUUCUCGUAAGCUUUUUGCUCAGAAGAGGGAGAGGGCUCAGGCCGCUUUCAUGAAAAGAGAACAAUUUCCAAAACGUCCAGGAGGUCCAGGUCGAGGGCAGUUUGGAUAUCGCAGAUCCGAGAAGGUUGCCUAAUAGCUUACCUGUUUGCUAUUGUUGCUCCAAUUAUUAGCAUCACCUGUCAUAGUGUAGAUCAUUUUUCCCCAAUUUAUGCCACUUCUGUAAAAUUUAUCUAUGAGUAUAAUCUCAAAAUGCUUAUGUGCUUCUUGAAGCUGUUCCCUUUUGUAUUUAUAGAAGAUAAAUCAGUUUAAGCUUUA